CCUCCCGCCCCCGGCCGAGGCCGAGGGACCGGGCGGGGGGCCCCUGCAGGAGGGCUGUUGGCCUGCUGCCGUGCUGCUGAACAGUAUGCAGUCCUUCCGGGAGCAAAGCAGUUACCACGGAGACCAGCAGAGCUACCCGCAGGAGGUACACAGCUCAUCCCGGAUAGAAGAGUUCAGCCCUCGUCAGGCCCAGAUGUUCCAGAAUUUUGGGGGUGCAGGCAGCGGCGGCGGCAGCAGCAGCGGCAGCAGCGGCGGUGGGCGACGAGGCUCGGCGGCUGCGGCAGCGAUGGCUAGCGAAACCUCUGGCCACCAGGGCUACCAGGGCUUCAGGAAAGAGGCUGGAGACUUCUACUACAUGGCAGGCAGCAAAGACCCCGUGACAGCAGGAACCCCGCAGCCGCCGCAGCGAAGGCCUUCGGGGCCCGUGCAGAGCUACGGACCGCCCCAGGGGAGCAGCUUUGGCAAUCAGUAUGGGAGCGAGGGGCACGUGGGCCAGUUUCAAGCCCAGCACUCGGCCCUCGGUGGGGUGUCCCACUAUCAGCAGGAUUACACGGGGCCUUUCUCUCCAGGGAGCGCUCAGUACCAGCAGCAAGCCUCCAGCCAGCAGCAGCAGCAGCAGCAGGUGCAGCAGCUGAGACAGCAGCUCUACCAGUCCCACCAGCCUCUGCCGCAGGCCACCGGCCAGCCGGCGUCCGCAUCGUCCCAUCUGCAGCCGAUGCAGCGGCCCUCCGCGCUGCCGUCGUCCGCUUCCGGGUACCAGCUGCGGGUCGGUCAGUUCGGCCAGCACUACCAGUCCUCCGCCGCCUCCUCGUCCUCCUCCUUCCCUUCGCCGCAGCGUUUCAGCCAGUCCGGCCAGAGCUACGACGGCAGUUACAGCGUGAAUGCGGGGUCCCAGUACGAGGGACACGGCGUGGGUUCUAACGCGCAGGCAUACGGCACGCAGUCCAACUACAGCUAUCAGCCUCAGUCUGUGAAGGGCUUCGAGCCGGCCAAGAUUCCACAGGGGACGCAGCAGGGGCAGGCGCCCGCGCAGCCGCCGCAGCCGCCGCCGCAGCACGUGAUGCAGUACACGAACACCGCCACCAAGCUGCCCCUGCAGGCCCAGGUGGGGCAGUACAGCCAGCCCGAGGUUCCGGUGCGAUCCCCGAUGCAGUUCCACCAGAACUUCAGCCCCAUCUCCAACCCUUCCCCCGCGGCCUCUGUGGUGCAGUCUCCAAGCUGCAGCUCCACCCCGUCCCCCCUGAUGCAGAGCGGGGAGAACCUCCAGUGUGGGCAAGGCAGUGUGCCCAUGGGUUCCAGAAACCGAAUUUUACAGCUAAUGCCCCAGCUGAGCCCGACGCCCUCCAUGAUGCCCAGUCCUAAUUCGCACGCUGCAGGCUUCAAAGGGUUUGGCCUAGAAGGAGUGCCGGAAAAACGACUGACAGACCCCGGGCUGAGUAGUUUGAGCGCCCUGAGUACGCAAGUGGCCAAUCUUCCUAAUACCGUUCAGCACAUGCUACUUUCCGAUGCCCUGACACCUCAGAAGAAGACCUCCAAGAGGCCCUCCUCCUCUUCGAAGAAAGCGGACAGCUGCACAAACUCCGAAGGCUCCUCCCAGCCUGAGGAACAGCUCAAGUCCCCCAUGGCCGAGUCACUAGACGGAGGCUGCUCGAGCAGCUCCGAGGACCAAGGCGAGCGGGUGAGGCAGCUCAGUGGCCAGAGCACCAGCUCCGACACCACCUACAAGGGCGGGACCUCCGAGAAAGCGGGCUCUUCCCCGGCGCAGGGCGCUCAGAGCGAGGCCCCCAGACUCAGUGCCAGUCCCGCAGCCAGAGAAGAGGCUGCCUCGCCGGGUGCUAAGGACACACCGCUGUCGUCCGAGGGCAACCCCAAAGUCAACGAGAAGACGGUUGGGGUGAUUGUCUCCCGGGAAGCCAUGACAGGCCGGGUCGAAAAACCUGGUGCACAAGAUAAAGGCUCCCAGGAGGAGGAUCCCACAGCCACGCAGAGGCCACCCAGCGCUGGAGGGCCAAAGGAGACCAGUCACCCGUCGGUCCCGCAGCCAGAGCCCCCGGGGGGAGGGAGCAAAGGAAACAAGAAUGUAGAUAAUAACUCCAACCACAAUGGAGAGGGAAACGGCCAGGGCGGGCACUCGGCGGUGGGCCCCGGUUUUACAGGCAGGAGCGAGGCCGGCAAAUCUCCUGGCAGCCUGCGCUAUAGUUACAAAGACGGUUUCGGGUCAGCCGCGCCGAGAAACGUCAGUAGCUUUCCUCAGUACCCUACAGGACAAGAUAAGGGGGACUUCGCUGGCCACGGGGAGCGCAAGGGGAGGAACGAGAAGUUCCCCAGCCUGCUACAGGAAGUGCUUCAGGGCUACCAUCACCACCCGGACAGGAGGUACUCCAGGAGCACGCAGGAGCAUCAGGGCAUGGCGGGGGGCCUGGAAGCAGCCACGAGGCCUAAUGUCUUAGUCAGUCAAACCAAUGAGUUAGCUAGCAGGGGCCUCUUGAAUAAGAGCAUCGGGUCCCUAUUAGAAAACCCGCACUGGGGCCCUUGGGAGAGGAAGUCAAGCGGCACGGCUCCCGAAAUGAAACAGAUCAAUUUGGCUGACUAUCCGAUUCCCAGAAAGUUUGAAAUAGAGCCGCAGUCAUCGGCCCAUGAGCCCGGGGGUUCCCUCUCUGAAAGAAGAUCCGUGAUCUGUGACAUUUCUCCACUAAGACAGAUUGUCAGGGACCCGGGGGCGCACUCACUGGGACACAUGGGUACCGACACCAGACUUGGGAGGAGUGAUCGGCUCAAUCCAAGUUUAAGUCAGUCGGUCAUUCUUCCCGGUGGGUUGGUAUCCAUGGAAGCGAAGCUGAAAUCCCAGAGCGGGCAGAUAAAAGAGGAAGACUUUGAACAGUCCAAAUCUCAAGCUAGCUUCAACAACAAGAAAUCCGGAGACCACUGCCACCCUGCCAGCAUCAAGCAUGAGUCUUACCGAGGCAACGCCAGUCCUGGAGCAGCUCACGAUUCCAUCUCAGACUACGGCCCCCAAGACAGCAGACCCACGCCGAUGCGGCGGGUUCCUGGCAGAGUCGGUGGCCGGGAGGGCAUGAGGGGUCGGUCCCCUUCGCAGUAUCAUGACUUCUCAGAAAAACUGAAGAUGUCUCCUGGGAGGAGCAGAGGCCCAGGGGGAGACCCUCAUCACAUGAACCCACACAUGACCUUUUCGGAGCGGGCCAACCGGAGUUCUUUACACGCUCCCUUCUCUCCCAACUCAGAAAGCCUGGCCUCUGCUUACCACGCCAACACUCGGGCUCAUGCUUAUGGGGACCCCAACGCAGGUUUGAAUUCUCAGCUCCAUUAUAAGAGACAGAUGUACCAACAGCAGCAAGACGAGUACAAAGACUGGAGCAGCAGCUCUGCUCAGGGAGUGAUCGCUGCCGCGCAGCACAGGCAGGAGGGACCACGGAAGAGCCCGAGGCAGCAGCAGUUUCUUGACAGAGUGCGGAGCCCUCUGAAAAACGACAAAGAUGGUAUGAUGUAUGGCCCACCGAUGGGGACUUACCAUGACCCCAGCGGUCAGGAAGGGGGGCGCUGCCUCAUGUCUGCCGAUGGUCUGUCUAACAAAGGCAUCGAGUUGAAGCAUGGCUCCCAGAAGUUACAACAAGAAUCUUGUUGGGAUCUUUCCCGGCAGACUUCUCCAGCCAAAAGCAGCGGUCCUCCAGGAAUGUCCAAUCAGAAGAGGUACGGGCCACCCCACGAGGCCGACGGACACGGGCUCGCCGACACGCCGCAGUCGUCCAAACCCAGUAAUGUUAUGCUCAGGCUCCCGGGCCAAGAGGAUCAUUCUUCUCAAAACCCCUUAAUCAUGCGGAGGCGGGUGCGCUCCUUUAUCUCUCCCAUUCCCAGCAAGAGGCAGUCACAGGAUGUGAAAAACAGUAACACGGAAGAUAAAGGGCGCCUCCUUCACCCACCGAAAGAAGGCGCCGACCGAGCGUUCAAUUCCUAUGCGCAUCUCUCUCACAGCCAGGAUGUCAGAUCCAUCCCGAAGAGAGAAUCUUCCAAGGACCUUCCAAGUCCAGAUAGCAGAAACUGCCCCGCGGUUACCCUCACAAGUCCUGCUAAGACCAAAAUACUGCCCCCUCGGAAAGGCCGGGGCUUGAAAUUGGAAGCUAUAGUUCAGAAGAUCACGUCCCCAAACAUCAGGAGGAGCGCGUCCUCGAACAGCGCGGAGGCCGGGGGAGACACAGUCACUCUCGAUGACAUUCUGUCUUUGAAGAGUGGCCCUCCCGAAGGUGGCAGCGUUGCUGUUCAGGAUGCCGAGAUGGAGAAGAGAAAAGGUGAACUGGUGUCUGACCUGGUCUGUCCAACGAGCCAGGACCUGAACAUCGAAAAGCCCCUGCCAAGGGCUUCAGAGGAGUGGCGUGGCGGUGGGGAUGACAAAGUGAAGACUGAGACGCACCCAGAGACGGUCACUGCUGGAAAGGACCCCCCUGGCGCCAUGACAUCCGUGACCUCACAGAAGCCUGGGGGUAACCAGGGGAGACCAGAUGGUUCCCUUGGUGGGACUGCACCCUUAAUCUUCUCGGACUCAAAGAAUGUACCUCCAGUGGGUGUGUCGGCCCCUGAGGCAAACCCCAAGGCUGAGGAGAAAGAGAACGAUACAGUGACGAUUUCCCCCAAACAAGAGGGUUUCCCCCCGAAGGGGUACUUCCCAUCAGGAAAGAAGAAGGGGAGACCCAUCGGUAGUGUGAACAAGCAAAAGAAACAGCAGCCACCACCUCCGCCCCCGCAGCCCCCUCAGAUACCAGAAGCUUCUGCGGAUGGAGAGCCAAAGCCAAAAAAGCAGAGGCAAAGGCGGGAGAGGAGGAAGCCUGGGACGCAGCCGAGGAAGCGGAAAACCAAACAAGCGGUUCCCAUCGUGGAGCCCCAGGAACCCGAGAUCAAACUAAAGUAUGCCACCCAGCCACUGGAUAAAACCGAUGCCAGGAACAAGUCUUUUUUCCCUUACAUCCAUGUAGUGAGUAAGCGUGACCUUGGGGCCGUGUGUACAAUCAUCAAUGCGGAGGAGGAGGAGCAAACCAAACUGGUGAGGGGCCGGAGGGGCCAGAGGUCGCGGACGCCGCCGCCCAGCAGCACGGAGAGCAAGGCACUGCCGGCCUCGUCCUUCAUGCUGCAGGGCCCCGUGGUGACCGAGUCUUCUGUCGUGGGGCACCUGGUGUGCUGUCUGUGUGGCAAGUGGGCCAGUUACCGCAACAUGGGCGACCUCUUUGGACCCUUUUACCCGCAAGAUUAUGCCGCCACUCUCCCGAAGAACCCGCCCCCGAAGCGGGCCGCGGAGACGCAGAGCAGAGUCAAAGUGCGGCACAAAAGCGCUUCGAACGGCUCCAAGACGGACACUGAGGAGGAGGAGGAGCAGCAGCAGAAAGAGCAGAGGAGCCUGGCCGCGCACCCCAGGUUCAAGCGGCGACACCGCUCAGAAGACUGCGGCGGCAGCGGAGGCGGCCCUCGCUCCCUGGCCCGGGGGCUCCCCUGUAAGAAGGCCACCGCCGAGGGCAGCAGCGACAAGACUGCUUUGGACUCGAAGCCCUCUGUGCCCACCACUUCGGAAGGGGGCCCCGAGCUGGAGUUACAAAUUCCUGAACUACCUCUUGACAGCAAUGAAUUUUGGGUCCACGAGGGUUGUAUUCUCUGGGCCAAUGGAAUCUACCUGGUCUGCGGCCGGCUCUACGGCCUGCAGGAGGCGCUGGAAAUAGCCAGAGAGAUGAAAUGUUCCCACUGCCAGGAGGCAGGUGCCACCUUGGGCUGUUACAACAAAGGCUGUUCCUUCCGAUACCACUACCCAUGUGCCAUUGACGCAGAUUGUUUGCUCCAUGAGGAGAACUUCUCGGUGAGGUGCCCCAAGCACAAGCCUCCCCUCCCGUUCCCCCUCCCCCCCUUGCAGAACAAGACAGCGAAAGGCAGCCUCAGCACAGAGCAGUCGGAGCGGGGGUGAGGGGGGCAGUGUGCUCGUGGGAAUGGAAAGUACAGCAAGCACAGGUGAGUCGGGGCCGCACCCCUGCCAGAGUCCCAGUGGGUGUCUUGGCCUCUGCCCUCGUGCUCGCCCCAGGCCAGGCUGCGCCACCCGCCUUUAAGCGCGUGAAUGCGGGAACCAGGCGGAUUAAGUGUUUCUCCGACUGUCAUUUAGCUCCCUGGAAUGUCCGUGGAGACAUGUUUGAGGCUUUAAAACUGUCCCGUUGCCCGUCAGAGUUCACGGUGACUGAGCGGAGGUCAGGCUUGUGUGUGGCGCUCUCGAAGUCUCUGGGACAGAGCCCGCCAGCAGCCCACCCUCUGUCCCCGGCUCAGAAAUGCUUCUAGCCAGUGGGCUGUCCUUUCCAAUUUACUCCCUAUCUGUAAAGCUUGUGGUGGCUUUUCCUUUGAAAAGCAAAAUAUUCCUCAGUUUUGUUCUUUGAAAUCUUUUCCCCCAAGUACUAUGAAGGCCUCCUUUGCACAGAAGUACAAAGGGAAGGGAAAUCCCCUCAAAGAUUUAGGGGACUUUAGCAUCCGAUUUAAUUUUACUCUUAAAAACCCUCAAGAGAUUGAGCUGUGCUUUUUGUGAGUGUGUCUGGGCUUUUGGUCAGGGCGGCGGCAGCGCGCGUCUGUGGAAGCGGGAUUAGUGGACUGACGUCCCCAGAGGCAGCGCGCCUCCCCGGCUCCGGGCUUGCUCGCCACCUGCCCCCCGCAACAGAGUCAUGAGGGUGAAGAAAAUAGACCAUAAAGAGAAGGAAAAAAAAGAGAGAGAGAAGGAAAAGAAAAGCCAAGAUGUAACUUGAAGCACUUGGUCCUCGGGGAUGGGGAGGGGGGACCAGUUGUCUCAGAAACGUUCAUUAAGGGAUUAUUUCUCUUCAAAUGAAGGGCUUCUGUGUUUACUCCAGGCGCCCGAGAGCCACACGCAGAUGUGCUAGAGUCCACGGCACGUUCCCUGCCCGUGACAACCAGCAGGUUCCACCUUGCUCCGCAAUACCUACCAGUCACUUGAGGAGAAAAUAAUUCCUCUCAGACGGUGGCACUUUUUCUCCUUUGAGAAGUCCUCGGUUUCUUCGGAGGGUCCCAGUGCCGAAUUCCAGAGAAGCCCCCUGUGCUCUGCUGUGUGAGGCCGAGGGGCUGUAGAGAGGCCUGUCCGGCUUUCUCAAGGGGGGCUGUCGAGUAAGGCCUCUGCGGUCGUGCCUUUUCUCUCUUCCUCUUCCAAGACAGGGGUUGGGAGUGGAAGGGCAGGUGGUCGGGUCCCAGGAGUCAAAUGAGCGAACUUGCAGCAGCAGCGGCCACUGGAUUUCCGGAACACACUGGGGCCCGCCGGCUCCUGCAUGCCUUUCCCCCGAGCAGCCCUCAGCACACGACAGCAGUCUGGACGGUUCUCCAGCAUGUUUCUCUUGGCCUUUGUUCCAUGCCGGGGCUCUGCCUUCUUCCCGUCAAUUCCUCUGGCUGAUGGGUAGAGCCGUGUGCUGUGGGGGCCUCAAGGAACAUUCCUGACAGUGUCCUGGCUUCCCACUAAGGGAAAGAACCAUUUGUUGUCACGUGCCGUUGUUUUCGUCCUGGCAUUCCAGCCCGUGUUUGGCGGGGGGAGACUGAGCCAUGGGCGUGGUGGGCAGAUCUCCGGCUAGGAAUUUUAAUUUCAUUCAUCCUCUCCUUCCUCUCCACCCAGCCUUGGGCGCUGCCAGCUGCCAGCCCUCAGCCCCCAAGCGGAGCAGUGAGCUUCGUCGUUCAGAUCUCAGUCACUGUGGGCAGGAGUCCCCGCGCGGACAGGAGACCCUGCCUCGCCGAGCGGUCACGCGGCCGACCCAUCGGUGUGGGGUGGUUUCUCAUCUGUUGAGGUCCAACUGUCCACCUCGUGGAGGGAAAGGGUGGACAUAGGCUGCAUCCAGUCGUGUCCACCUGAAAGGAUUUUCUCCGUGUGCCAUCCCCAGGGCGGGACCCUUGUCCUGUUUCUCAGUUCAGCUGUCCAUUGUGAGUGGUGGCCCUUGGCAGACUGUACGGGAGCCCCAGGGAUUAGGACAGAGAACAUUUCAUUUUGGGGUCUGUUCUAGGGACAGAGAGCUACUGUCAUUGGGUGCCCUGACAUGGCAGGGAGGGGACAUGAGUACCUGGGUCCUGCUUCUUGGGGCCCUGUUUUCUCAUACAGUAAGAGCUGUGUGACUGGGGGCACUUCCUGUUUCUACUUAUUUUUCUUCGGUAAAGAGAGGAACAGCGGUGGCCAGCCUAGUGAGGAUUCAGUUAAGAAACGUCUUAGGUGUCCGCGUGGCCUAGUGUGGGGUGCACCUUGUGCAGGUCCUGGGGCGCUGCAGGAGCCGGAGGGGUCAAGGCUGCGGGCUGGACCCUGCUGCCACCCUGUCUGGUGGAAAACUGAGGGCUGGGAGAUGGGAGAUUGAAUCCCCCCCAGCCUCCAGCAGCAUAUGAGGUCCCUGCACUUGGCCCUCAGCAGACCAGCCGUGCCAGAGAGGAAAAGUCUUUGGGCCGCCAUCCAUGCAGCAGGCUGCCGCUUGCCCGUUUCUGGGCGUGAGGAAGCCGCAGGAGGCCUGUGGGCGCCCACCUUCUCCCUGUGCUGACUGCUGAUGCCUCCGCCAGGGCCUGUGGGCGUGUCUGGCGAGCUGCUCAGAGGUGGGACUUCUCCCUGUGGGUUCUGGCACAUGCCAUUCCCUGGGCCUGGGUCCCCUGCCUCCCAUCUUCUGUGACAGGCUCCCUCUCCUCUCUGGGUCUCAGCUGCAGAGGCCUUCCCUUCUGGGUCCCUGUCGGGCUCCUUUGCACGCCGCAGCUCUCCUGUGCCAAUUUGAAAUCGUUCAUCCGUUUGCUUAUGUGCGUCUCCACUAGCCUGUGCACGCAGUGAAGACAGGAACCGUGUCUGGCUCCGGCUUCUCUGCUCUAACCUGGAGCGCACACGUGGUGGGGCAGGCCAAGUGCGCCGGAGAGGGCAUGCCCCGCAGAGCAGCAUGUGCUCGUCACCCUGUCUGUGCCUGGAUAGGUACGGACGACGGCCCCGCCGCACAGCCCAGCCCCAUCCCUGCAGGAGGGAACCGGCCGGGCGGGGAGGACGUGGUGGAUUCUUGCUGCGCUGGGAGGAGGCUGGAGGAGGCCCCGCCAGGUUCAGGCCGUGGAGGGGCCGCUGAAAGCCAAGGACGGCGGGAGCGUGACAAAGGUGAGCGAGCCCUGGAAGGCUGUGGCCCCAGGUGAAAGUCUGCUCACCGGCAGCUGGACCUCAGAUGCCUUUUAAAGAGAGUGUGGAAAAGCCGCCGCCACGGAGCGGCUGCCCGCUCGCGGCGCUCUCGCCGGCUGCAGCUGGCCCGCGCCCGUCGGCCGAGUCCCACGCAGUCGAGCAGGACCGCACGUGACUGCGGCUCGAAGGCAGAGUCCUGGGGGCCCGGGCAGAGGGCUUGCUGGGUGGGAGCCCCAGUCCCACCGCUCAGCAGCCCCGGGGCUUUGGGUCCCUCAGCUUCAGCUUUGUCCUCUCUGAGACCAGGGGCAGGGGAGGGCAGUGUCAGGCCUCGGUGUCAUCAUGAGAGAACUUCUUUGAAACUCCUAGCAUAGAGCCUGGCACACGGAUUUCCUUCCUAAGCUCCCUGCUGAAGGAACAGUGUUUGAGAAGUAACUCUGAGAAGUUAGGGUCCGCUGACCUUGAAGGUGUAUGACGUCAGACCCUGGGGAAAGGUCCCCUUAGGAAGGCUGGAAGACAGAGCCACAGCGGGGGGCGGCUGUCAAGACCGAAGCUGCCCAGGCUACCGGGCGCCCCAUGGCCCGAGGUUGGCAGCCCACAGAGCGCCCCCAGCCGGGCAGGCCCGGGGUGCCAAGUGUGCUCCGUUCCCAGGUUGGGGCCAGGUUGGGCCUGCUCUCCUGAGUGGUUAGCGGGCCAGGGGUACAGGCCCAACACUGGCAAGCCUGGGGGAGGGCAAACCCUGCCCUGUUGCCCACUCCACAAGCAGAGCCUUCCAAGGUGCGCCUGGACAUCUGUCCUCUGUUCACAUGGUCCCACAUCCCCAGCAAGAUGUUGCCCCCGGGUUGUUGCUUGAGGCUUCCUGUUGGCUCCGCCCUCAUUCUCGCAUCUCUGGAGGGCUUUUGGUUGCUGGGGUAACAUGGGGAGGCCGCUUCUGUCCCCUCUCCUGGCAAGCAGCCUUAACCCUAGGACAACCAGAGAGCAGGACGGGCAAGCCUCCCUGGGCUGGAGGCAGACCGGAGCGUGGGCCCGCAGGGCUGGGGCAACUUUCAGGGUCCAGAGCCACCUUCGGAACAGGGAAGCCAGGCUGUCACCAUGGACAUCCUGAGCAUGGGGACAGUGUCCUGCUGUCUCUGCAGGUCUCCCCAUGUGGUUGUGUUUUCCCCUGAGCAGUUAAUGCGCCUCUUUGGUCCGGGCAGGUAUACCUAUGUGGGUGCUUUCAAAUAGAAGGUUCGUAGCCCCUGCACACAGACCAGCCUUCUGAACAAUUUUGCCCGUUAAUAAGUUGUGUGAACCCAGGAAAGGGAUGGUGCCGCCUGGGUUUUCCCCAAGGAUUAUUCCCGAGGGCACCAGAGGGGUCUGAGGAAGGAGGGAGCGCUCUGACUGGCAGGGAGCAGGUCUGGGGAGGCCGCCGCCCCUGCUUCUGCUCUGAUUGUUCUGCCCCGAUCCUUGCCAACCUCCGUGUCCCUCGGAGACCCCUGCAUGCGUAGUGAGCCAUGACGGACUCCGAGGAGGCCCGUGGUCCAACCCCACUGCCCCACUGGGUCAUCGGGAUCGCCUGAGCGCGGAGCCUGGGCUGGAAGAGGAGCGAGUGCAGGGGACGCCUGGGGAGCCCCGGAGGAGGGCCCUGCCAUCCAGUCGGAGCCGGCUGGAGAGUGUUCUUUGUGGAGUGUGAAGGAUGCACUCUUGUCACCGCAAGCAGCUGUGGCGGGUCCUGAGCUGGUUUUCCCACAGGCCACCUGCGUGAGGACCUCUGUGAGGACCGCUCCGGGCCACCAAAGUGCCGAGCCCCACGGGAGGCCCCCGGUGGGUCACCCCGAGAGCUGGAAGGUCAGGGAGCUCCUUCGUAGUCUCUGUUCCUGCCACGCACUGGGGAGACCGCCAUGCCGCGAGGGGCCCGGGGUCCGUUCGCAGCACCGCGGGCCACGUCACUGCCGCCCUUCACCGUGCGCCAGGGCCACGUGGUCUGGGCCACACAGUGGCUCCGCCACUGGUCCCGGGGGUCUGCAGCUGCUGGACCCCCAGAGGAGGGGCUGUCGGCCACGGGGCCGCACAGGAUUCCCAGCACCCAGUGUUGGUUCUGUCUUGCAGGUGAGACUGUGGAGAUGAGAGGUGGUGGACACUCGUGAUGGAAGGAACCGUCCUGCUGUGCGGCCCUGCCCUGCCCCGCCCGCCCCGCCAGCACCUCCUCCCCAAGUCCUUACAUCACACCCAAACCGUGACACCACAGGAAAGAAAGACCCAAGAAGUUGGAAUGGCUGUUUCCAUGGACACAAUCUCCAU